AUGCCACCGGAAUUUCAUGUGAUUGACAAGAAUAACACUGUUUCUACAGAGUUAAUAUGUGAUUGGGAAAAACUGUUUGAAGAUGAACACAAAAGGAUAGGUGAAAGAUUUCAGAGACAUCGUUGUCGCCCAGUAUGUCAUAAAGGUCAGACAAAUACAGAUGUUUGCCGUUUUGGUUAUCCCCAUGAAAUUGUUGAGAAUUCUAAUUACGACAUCAAGCAAAAUUCAAUCAUUUUUGCACGUAAAGAAACUGAUGUCAAUGGACACAACCCACAAUUGUUGGUAUGUACUAGACACAAUCAUGAUAUUAAAUGUAUAUUAUCUGGUAAGGCUGCCAAAGCUGCAAUGUUUUAUAUUUCUGAUUACAUAACAAAAAUGCCACUAAAUACAGAAGCACUACUUUCAACAUUG